AUGCUCAACUAUGCCAGGAUCUUUGUUUGGUGCACUUCAUUGGCACGUAUUCAAAAGCUGCCGUCCAACUCCUCGAGUUCUGAGACAGAGAAUCUCGAUCAAAAUGUGCUCAAUAUAUGGCAAUCACUCAUCACCACCAUUAUGGACCAAUUGGCUUUUUUUAUUAACGAGCCUGCUUAUCGCUGUCAACUACCAUGGGCACCCACUUACCCCGCCCUAACUAUCGCCUUUGUCGCAACAUAUGCAAUUCGAAUCGCACGGUGGCGCCCAAAUCUAAUUAACCAACACAUACUGCUGGAAAGAGUGGAUCAAAUCUGUGAAUUUCUCAAACAACCGCCGUAUCCCGACAUCCAUCGUACUGUCUCUAUUUUCGUGAACUACGUCCGAGCCUUGAUCGCUAGCCAGCAUCCACCAAGUGACGAUGAUGCAGACUCACCGAGCCUGUCUGGGCAGGUUGAUGGACAGGCACCUUACCCCAGUGGGCAAGAUGGCCCCACGAACAAUUCUCUUCCUCCCUCUGGAAUGGAUCCGCUGGGCGACGCCAGCUACAGGCCAGCCCCACCAGUCCAGGCUGAUAAAGACCCUGGCAUGACCUCGAUGCCAGCCGAUAGAGCGGGAGCACCCCGGCCAGCCCCUCCCCGGGUGCCCGAGACAAUAGAAGCCCCCAAUUGGACGGUAUCCAACACCAUCGCAGAUUCAUUUGGGCUUUUUGAAGAAGGGCAGAACGACAUCUUUGAUUUUUUACCUAUGAUGCCAACGAUGCCUUACCCUAACAGACUCCCAAGACCCCAAACCCGACGAGCAACCUGUGUCCCCAAUGGAAUCCAAAAAAGUUAUUUGGAAGAUGAGGACUUUAAGCUGAUUGAACUGUCGAACCAUGAUGUACUUGUCGAGUUUCAAGAGGCUUCGGCCGCAGACCCGAACAAUUGGCGUUUUGGCAAGAAACUGUACAUCAUCUUGACAUCGUUGCUCAUCGUGAUGAACAGCGGUAUCUCGUCAGCGUUACCUAGCAAUGCGAUCCCUUCCAUCAUGCAAUAUUUCCACCAGUCAGGUUCUGGACCCAAGACCCUGCCGACAGCCGUAUUUCUGAUAGGAUACAUUGUUGGUCCUUUGCUUUUCAGCCCAAUGAGCGAGACUCUGGGCCGCAGACCAGUCCUUCUUUGGACAUUCUCAGCCUUCGUCCUGGUAACACUUGGCUGUUCUCUUGCACCCAAUUGGGCAGCCCUCCUAGUCUUUCGCACCCUCUGUGGUCUUAUGGCCGCUGCGCCCCAGACUGUUGUUGGUGGCGUGUACGCAGAUAUGUUCUCAGAUUUUCGCUCUCGCGGUCGCGCAAUGUGCUUCUAUAUGUCGGCCGCGAGCUUUGGCCCAAUUCUGGGUCCGAUUAUUUCUGGAUGUGCCGUUAAGUACGGCUGGCGGUGGGUGUUUCGCAUUGACGUGAUCCUCAGCGGGAGCUGCUGGAUUGGACUGCUCUUUAUGCCCGAAACCUUCGGCCCAGUGAUCCUCAAAAAGAAGGCAGCCAAACUUCGAAAACAGACCGGUUCAAAUUCCUACCUCUCUCGACAGGAACUGAAGAACACGAGCUGGCGACACACCAUGCUUCCGAUCCUAACCCGACCUAUCACGAUGCUUAUCUCUGAGCCUAUCAUUCUUUCCACAGCAAUUUACAUCUCGCUUUCAUACAGUCUGGCAUACCCAAUUAUCUACGAAGUUGGCAUUGGUGCUGUCUCUUCCGGUUUAAUGACAUUCUACUACGACACUAUCUACGAGAAAGCCAAGAAGUUGGGAAAAGAAUGGACUUCCAGUCCUGAGCUUCACCGACUACCGUUGAGUUGCUUUGCCGGACCAGCCAUGACAGUCGCACUUUUCUGGUUAGCCUGGACAGCCAAGCCCAAUAUCCAUUGGGCGGUUCCCGUACUGUCUGGAUUAUUAUUCGGGUUUGGAUACCAGCUUGUGUUCAUUUCGCUCCUCACGUACGUCACGGACGCCUACAACAUCUAUUCCGCCAGUGCGCUCGCGGCAUCAGUCAUCUUGCGAAGUAUUUGUGGUGCGGUUUUUCCUCUUGCCGCGGAUCCUCUCUAUUCAUCUCUGGGUGUAUCGUGGGCAACCUCGAUAUUGGGAUUCAUCAGCUUGGCUUGUAUCCCGAUUCCUUUCAUUCUGCUCUAUGCUGGGCCUUGGAUUCGCGAGAGAAGUCCAUUUUGUCAGCAGCUGUUGGAGGAGGAAAGGCUCAGAAAGAGUGGAGUGAGUACGCCAGAGGAAGCAUGA